AUGGGGUACCAGGGACAGCCACCCCUCAUCCCGCUGCAGAGAGAUCUAGAUGACAGAGAAACCCUUGUUUCUGAACACGAGCAUUCAAGGAAAUCUUGUCAGUCUGCUGCUGUUUUUAAUGUUGUCAACUCGAUUAUAGGAUCUGGUAUAAUAGGAUUGCCUUAUUCAAUGAAGCAAGCUGGGUUUCCUUUGGGAAUAUUGCUUUUAUUCUGGGUUUCAUAUAUUACAGACUUUUCCCUUAUUUUGUUGAUAAAAGGAGGGGCCCUUUCUGGAACAGACAGCUACCAGUCUUUGGUUAACAAAACCUUUGGUUUUCCGGGGUAUCUCCUCCUCUCUGUUCUACAGUUUUUAUAUCCGUUUAUAGCUAUGAUAAGUUAUAACAUAAUAGCUGGAGAUACUUUGAGCAAAGUUUUUCAAAGAAUUCCUGGAGUUGAUCCUGAGAAUGUAUUUAUUGGUCGUCACUUCAUUAUUGUGCUUUCCACGGUAACCUUUACUCUGCCUUUGUCCUUGUACCGAGAUAUAGCAAAGCUUGGAAAGAUCUCCUUUAUUUCUACAAUUUUAACAGUUGUAAUUCUUGGAAUUGUAAUGACAAGGGCAAUUUCACUGGGUCCACACAUACCCAAAAUGGAAGAUGCUUGGGUAUUUGCAAAGCCCAAUGCCAUUCAGGCUGUUGGGGUCAUGUCUUUUGCAUUUAUUUGCCACCAUAACUGCUUCUUAGUCUAUGGUUCUUUGGAAGAAGCCACAGUAGCAAAAUGGUCCCGCAUCAUCCAUAUGUCCAUCUUGGUUUCUGUAUUUAUCUGUGUGCUCUUUGCUACGUGUGGAUACUUGACUUUCACUGGCUUUACCCAAGGGGACUUAUUUGAAAAUUAUUGCAGAAGUGAUGACCUGGUAACCUUUGGAAGGUUUUGYUAUGGCAUAACUGUCAUUUUGACAUACCCAAUCGAAUGCUUUGUAACUAGAGAGGUCAUUGCCAACGUGUUUUUUGGAGGGACUCUUUCAUCAUUUUUCCAUGUGCUUAUAACAGUGGUUAUAAUUAUGAUAGCCACAUUGGUUUCAUUGCUGAUUGAUUGCCUUGGAAUAGUUUUAGAACUCAAUGGUGUGCUCUGUGCAGCUCCUCUGAUUUUUAUCAUCCCCUCAGCAUGUUAUCUGAAACUGUCAGAAGAACCAAGGACACACUCAGAUAAGAUUGUGUCCUGUGUCAUGCUUCCCAUUGGUGCUGUGGUCAUGAUUUUUGGAUUCAUCAUGGCUAUCACAAAUCCUCAGGACUGUACCCAUGGGCAGGAGAUGUUCUACUGCUUUCCUGACAAUGUCUCCUUCACAAACAUCUCAGAUUCUCAUUUUCAACUGACAACACAACUUUCCAUUUUAAACAUCAGCUUCUUUCAAUGAGUUGACAGCUUUAUAAAAAUAUGCAUGUUUUCAUAGACUUCUAAACCACUUAAUAAUAUUCACGUUUGUCUCUAUUUAUAUGAUAAAAUUAUCAUUUUGGCAUUUAUCAAGACUUGUGUUUGUUUACUCUUCAGUGCAAUGUAAAAGAUAAAGAAAACUGAAUAUAUUUUACUGUAAACUAGAACAAAUGCUUCAUUCUUCUGACCUCAGUACACUGAUGCUAAUUGA